AUGGGUCGGAUCGAAACCGGUCGGGAGGGUCGUGAGAUUGCCGUCCGACCGGUACCGACUCAGGAGCUCGACGAACGAGUCGCGCUCACGGACGAUCAAUCGGUUGAAUCGGGAGGCGGCUCCGGACGGGAAAACCAGAGCAAGGUCGGCUCUGGCGGCGAGUCCCGACCGGAAAAACAAACGGAGGAACAAACGGAGAUCGGUCGGGGAAAGGGACUCGGCGUCGGCCACGGCCCUCGUGCCCAGCGCGUACAGCGUGCCAACGCCCUGCAGGGCGCGGGGCAGAGCGGCGGAGGGGGGUGGGGACUCGCGGAGCCGCGGAGGUGCCGCCUGGGCACGAAGACGGCGGCGGCGGCGGUGUUGGUGGCGGCGUGGGGGAGGGUGGAGAGG